UUCUGAGUGUCAGAUGGAGACUAGUGACAGCCCUGAAGCAGGACUCUGUGUAUGUGUGUGUGAGUCAGAAAGAGACAGUGACAGUCAGGAAGCAAUCUGUAUUUCUGUGUGUGUGUGUGUGUGUGUGUGAGUCAGAAAGAGACUGGUGACAGUCAGGGAGCAAUCUGUAUUUCUGUGUGUGUGUGUGUGUGUGUCAGAGGGAGAGACGAGUGGCAGCCCUGAAGCAGGACUCUGUGUGUACGUGUGUGUAUGAGUCAGAAAGAGACUGGUGACAGUCAGGAAGCAAUCUGUAUUUCUGUGUCAGAGGGAGAGACGAGUGACAGCCCUGAAGCAAUCUGCUCUUCUGUGUGUGUUGUGUCAUAGAGAGGGACAGGGAUUGGGCCAUUCUCCUCGCCAGAAGAAGCACGCGAUUCGUGAACGUGCCCGUCACAAAGCGCGUCCCCGACCGCCCACAGCUCACCUCCGGCGUGGCUCCAUUCACAGAAUGUUGCAACAUUGCGGCUGUGGCUCGGGAUCCCGGCGUUGGCAACAUUGUGUCUGCAAACUCAUCAGGAGCCAGUGCUGGGGCUGAAGGAACUGGCGCCGGCCUCACUUUUGUAGCCGAUUCUGGAAAACGAGGACAGACUGAAUGUGGUCCUACAUUCGGUGAAGAGAACGUCAUAACAGGCUGGAUUGCACCAGAGAGUAAUUAAACUCCAAACUUCCCACAGUCCUGACAUGAGCAAGCAGCUUUUCCAAAAUAAGAUGAUGUCAGGCCAACGCGUUGUUUCUGUACUUCUGCCAAACAAGGAACAACUUGAAGUUCUCAUUGGGGUAAAAGCUACAGGUCAGGAUCUCUACAAUCAAGUCUGUGAUAUGCUGAAGAUCAGGGAGGGUCACUUCUUUGGUCUGAGUGUGGUGCAAAACAAUGAACAUGUUUUCAUGGACUUGGAACAGAAACUCACUAAAUAUUUCCCCAAGGAAUGGAAGAAAGAAAUGAGCAAAAACAAUGAAAAGUUUGGUGCUCCAUUCGUGGUUUGCUUCAGGGUUCAGUAUUACGUUGAAAAUGGAAAAGUAAUGAGUGACAAGAAAGCCAGACAUUUCUACUAUUGCCAACUGAAAGAGCAAGUUUUAAAUUCACGGUGCACAAGUAAAGAGGAAGUCUACUUUCUGUUGACAGCAUAUGCUCUGCAGGCUGAUCUGGGCAACUACAGAAAGCGUGUGCACACCGGAAAAUAUUUUGAGCCUCAGCAUUACUUCCCUCAAUGGGUAAUUAACAAAAGGGGCUGUGACUACAUUUUGAAGCACAUUCCAGAAAUGCACAGAGAGCACCGUGGCCUGUCUCAGAAAGAGGGGUUGCUGAGGUUUAUUAAAGAGGCUUGCCUUUUGGAGGAUGUGCCUGUUCAUUAUUACAGGCUCCAGAAAGUAAGAGACAUUAUUUUCUUUUCAUUUGCUAUUAUUAUUGUUACAAAAAUGGGAGGAGAAAAAGUUGCAGAUAGUGCGCACACAGUUUAUUAUGCAAGAUUUAAAAGUAAGUCUGUUUUCCACUGGCCUUGGCUGACAGUUGGUUGGCUCGCCGAGCUGGGAAAGAAGUUUGAGAUCCAACCAGAUGGUUUACCCUCUGCCCGGAAGCUGAUCUAUUACACAGGUUGUCCGUUCCGAUCCAGGCAUUUGCUGCAGCUCCUCAGCAGCAGCCAUCGCCUCUACAUGAACAUUCAGCCGGUGCUCAAGCAAAUCCGAAAAAUUGAAGAAAUGGAAGAGAAAAAGCGCUACAGAGAAUCGUACAUCAGUGAUGCCUUUGAGAUGGAUCUUGAGCGACUAGAUGAGCACUCUCAUGGCAGUGGAAGCAGUCGUGGAAGCACAAGGAACAAACAGCUCUCCCGUCAGUCAACAGUUAGCCAUGGUAGUUCGCAUACUUCUGGAAUUGAGGCAGAUUCAAGGCGCAGAAUGUCUGUGGAGAUGACAGUGGAUGAACCAUUCUCCACUGAACUUGUGCACAGUAUAGUUAAGUAUAAUAGCUCAAUGAUGAGCCGCAGGAGUUCCCACACAUCAGGAAUAGAGAGUAGCAGCAAAGAACGGACUGACGACGAUGAAGUGGAAGUCCCUGUUGAUGAUCCUCUUGAGACAUCUCAAGAUAAUGAUGUGAUCAAAGGUGAAUCUGUUGAUUAUCCCAUUUUAAAACCGGACUACAGGCAAGAUGUUAGCAUUGAUACCGCUGUGAGUUUGUGUGAUCCUUCCGUAAAACUUCGAGGACAAAGUGUAGACUCGCUUUCACAGGCUCCUCGAUCUAAACCUAGAAACUCGACUGAUCGCCACAGUCAGAGUUUGGACGAUGUGCGACUGUACCAACAGCAACUACCUUUAGGCUCUACUUUAUCUUCAGACAGCUCCCAGAGCUACACGUUUGGUUGCAUCAAUGACGACAAAGAUAGCCAAUUUUGCUACACUUACUACACAGCAGACUGUAAAACUAAGUCCACCUUUUAUGGCAAACGUUCAAUGAACUGUCUAUCUCUAGAUCUUCUUGGAGAAGAACAACUGCUGGAAUUUGUGGUAUAAUUAAUGGCAAUGUCAUCGUGAUAAAUUUGCUAACUAGCCAAGCCUAGGACUGAUCUAUUCUUGAGUAUUAAAUUAUAAUUUAAGGAAAUUGCAUUGUGUCAUAAGUGUGAACAUGUCCUGCAAUGGAAGUUCACAAUUGGGAAGACUCAAAAAUAUUAAGCCUAACAGUAAUUUCUUUAAGUGAUUUAAUGGAUUAUUCUAUACCUCAUCACUACUCAUCAUGUGAAGCUAAGAGCAGUUGCUGGAGUAAUUGCCAGAUCUCCUGUUGUAAUUUUGCAAUGAGUUUUAUUUAAUACGUAGAAAGCAAUUGGGAAAACUCUUUAAUCAUUCCUGUGUCAGUACCAGAGAGUUUAUGUCAACACUGACCUUCUGUAGAACAUUUCUGUAUUUGUCCGAAUGAAAAAGAGAGAGCUCAUCUUAUGAGGCAUUCAGUAUGAUGGGUUGGGUAGCAUUGAACACUGGAGUGAAUUGCCUUCAUUGUAAUUUUCAUUCAGUGUUACUUGGACUUCCCAGCAACAGAUUUGUUGGGAGUUGCACCUACAGGAGUCAUGCUUAGCUAACCUGGAAGUUCAUUUAUGAUAACCCACAAUAAGAUGGAAUAGCAAUACAAAUGAUCUAACAAGAAUACAUGCUUCAGAAUUGCUUUCUAAAUACCAUUAUGAUUAGAGGAAGGUGUUUUAACUGAACAAGCAACUACCAAUGAAUGAUCAUUUAAAGAAAAGUUUGCCUUCACUAGCAGCAGAAUGAGUAAUGCUGCAAUGAACCAAUUAACAAUAAGCUCCCAAUUUUUACUGUGCUAUCACUAGGAGAUGCAAUUGUAUGAUGCUUCCAACGACAAAGAAAGAAAAAUUGGAAAUCGGUCCAGUCGUCAUUUACCAUUGUACACCUCCAAUCGCCAGAUGUACAGACCCAAGAGAGGGUCAGAAUCAAGAUUUCAUUUGCCCUCUUCACAUUUCUACCCAUCCUUGGUUUCAUCUGUUUUGUAUUGAUACAAUGAUAGAAAUGGCAGGAAGCUUGCAUUAAACUGGACCCGGUGGUUUUUGGGAUGUGCUAGAAUUAUUCACUUAAAAACAGAAUAGAAAAUUAUUUCUUAGUAAUAUUAUGUGUAAAUGGAGACCAAAAAUGCACUGAACAUGGUAUCAAAGGAAUAAUGUUGUCCUACUGUGAAAUGUAUCCUUAUGUGUGCCUUAUAUCAAUUUUGGAGUAAUAUGCAAUAACAUUGUUUAUGUUACAGCACUAUCCUUUGAAAUAAGAAUUUAAUGGAACAUUUGUAAUUCCAGACCAUGACAUGAAAAUGUAGUAAUUUUGGAGGAAAUGGAAUUGUUUCCAGAAGUAGUAGUAUCUUCUGGCAAUGGGAGGAAGAGAGAUAGAAUAGAUUCCGUUUCUCUUCUCGUUUUCAUCCUAUUUGCAAUUAUUUCUGGUUGUGGCAUUUUUAAUGCUGCACAAAAUGAUCAAAAUUACACAUAGAAGGUGAACUUUCAGCCCAUUGCAUCUGCUUUUCAAACUGAACUUACUCCAAAUCAGUUUAUUUCUCUUUUUUUGCAUAUUUCUUUUUAUCGUUUAAAUAUUUAUUCAGUUUCCAUCAAAAUGAUGGUGUAACCUCUAUUGCCAAGUCACUUUCAGCAAAACAUUCCAUUUUCAAAUUACUCUUUUGUAGGCAAUCUGCCUUCAUUCUACUAGUGAUCUUGUACUUUUUGCCCUCUUGUUCACUUUUUUUACAAAAAACAAAAUCAUUAUUUACCAUAUCAAAACUUUCUAAGUUUAUAAAUCCUCUCAGACCUCUCUUAAUCUUUGCUAUUGUGAAAAAGCCCCAAUUUUUUGAGCCUUCCUUAAAAUCAAUGCCUAUUUAUUACUGGAAAUGUCCUAGUUAAUAUUCACUAUUAUUUCUGUGGCUUCAAUUUUUAAAAAUAAUUUGGUGCCUACAACUAAUCAGAGUACACAAUUGUGGCCUAGCAGACUUAAUUAACAUUGUCAAAAAAAAAGUUAUUUGAUCAUUCAUUCAUGUCCUGUUUAUGCGACUUUACUGGAUGGAAAUUGACUUCUGUGUUGCCUACAUAACAGGAGGAACUGUUAAAGAGUAAUCUCAUCAAUGGUAAAACACCUUUAGAAUAUGUUGAGAAUAUGUUACAGUGCUAUGUAAGUGCAAGGCAACAUUAACCAGAUCUCUAAAACCUCAACAUCACUUUACUGCUUUGCAUUCAAUGCAUCUGUAACACAAAAUUAUAUUUGACAUUUUAUGAUCCUUUCCCAUGCUUCCACCUUUUAAACAGCGAUUGCAUUUGAACUACAAGACAGCUUGGAAAGAAUUUAACCAUUAGGCUAUAUUUUGUGCUUCUUUUUCCCUAAAUUAUUUCUUCUGCAUUCUCUGAGAAACAUAUGCCACCUAUUCACUAACUUCACAAACAUAUCAGUACCUGCUUGUGAUUUUCCUCAUUUACCAUUUCCCAAGUUAUUAUCAAAAAUCUUCAACUUUAUUUUUCUAGAGGUUGGAGUCAGAACCCUAAUUUAGUAGCCAAUCUAGAGAAAUACCCAUUUAUCAUUAUUUCCUAUUCUGUUUCAAGGCUGUCUAUUAAUGUGAUGACAAUCCACUUAUUUUCAUGUGCCAUAGUUUUCCUAACAAAUAUCCUCUGUAGCACCUUGUCAAUUAUCUUUAGAAAUUUAAAUUUUACAGACACCUCACCUCCUCCUAACCUUUUGUACUGCCAGAUUUCUUCAAACUCCAACUAAGCAUGCAAGAACUAACUUUUACAAAUCAAUCAUUGAACCCUGCUCUAUUUUCUGCCUGGAUCUGCUAUUGUCUAUUUUAUCUAUUGUUUUAAUUUCUAAUAUUACUAAUAUGCAAGUGUGCUAAUCCUUGUCUUUAUUAUAACAGUAAGUGAGGAGAUAGGCUAAACCAACUGCUUUGCUCUAUAUAACUGUGAUCUGCAGGUCUGAUCAAUUUUCAGAUGUUAAUGAUUGUGAAAAUAAAGCUUGUAUGAACAUAGAACAUGCUCCAAGAAGACUGCAGAAAUAACAAGUAAAAUAGAUGAAGCAAAACUGUUGCUAAAAUUUACAAAGUACAAAUUAAUAUUUUCCAAAUGCUAGUUCAUUGUUCUGCUAUCUAUAAGCAAGGGCGAAUCAUCUAGGAAAUUCUUUCCUCUAAAUCUUUUAUUUAAGUUAAUCUCACACUACUGUUUGGAUUAGUGGUUACAUAUUUUACAUUCUGCUUUCUAAGAAACUGUAGCCAUAAUUUAAUCAAACUGCAUCAAUAAUAGCUCAAUGGAAGAAUUUGGAACUUUGAAAGGUUGGAUGAUAUUUUCCAUUUUUUCCAGUAGGUCAUUUUUUAAAAAUUAAAUCUCUGUCAGCUCUUAAAUGCACCCUUUUUCUUUCCUUUUUCUGCAUGCUGUUUCUCUCCCUCAUUGUCCCUCUGUCAGUAUUUAAUUGAGGAAUUUAUUGCUUAAGUUGUUGCAUAAUGAAUUAUUUAUAUUGUCUUCUAACAUGUAACAUAAGUUUUUCACAAAAUAUAAAAUUAACAUUGUUUAUUUUAUACCUAUCUUUUACUUAUUCAAAAGCAGUGAAGGAUGUAUGUGCUUUCCUAAGAGUUGUUUUAAAAUGCCGAGGAACAAUCAUUUUAUAUUAUAUGAAACAUUACAGUAUUAUGAUUGAACACUGUGCAGAUUAAUUAUACAAAUGUAUCCUGUUUAUUUACAUCUUAAACAAUUAGGUAAUUUUUUGUGUAGACUUGUAUGACUUUAGAAAUGUUUACUAAGGGAUUUGUAUGAUGGUUAUAUAAU